CCGGCACAGCGCGGCGCGGGCGAGCGGCCUCGGCGGCGCUGCUGCCGCCGCUGCCCCCGGCUCAGCGCGGCGGAGGAGGAGGAGGAGGAUGGCGGCGGGCACGGCGGGCAGGACGGCGGCGCGGAGCGGCCCCGCGGCGGGAGGCAGCACCGAGCCCAGCAGCUCGCGGCGCCGCGCACCGGGCAGCAGCGGCCGCGCCGGGGCCGCCAGCUGAGCCCGAGCCUGGCGGGCGCCUCUCCCUUCUCUCCACACCCAGCGACACCUUCGCCCUCCUCUUCCCUCGCUUCGCACCCGCCCCGGGAGACGCGGGGAACGCGCCGGGCGGCGAAGGGCGCCGGGAGGCAAAGGGCACCGUGCGGAGAAAGGCACCGGGAGGCGAAAGGCAGCAGGAGGCGAAGGGCACCGCGCAUCACCGUGCAGCGAAAGGCACCGGGCAUCCCCGGGACGAUGGGCGCGAAGCAGAGCAGCCCCACGGCCGCCAAUGGCCGCACCCGGGCGUACUCGGGCGGGGAUUUGCCUUCGUCCAGCAGCGGCGGCGGCGGCGCUAACGGGACCGGCGGGCGCUCGGCGGGCGGGCGCUACGCGCACCUGGCGGCGGCGCCUCCGGGCGCUCCCGGCGCUGCGGCGGCCGCGGCAGAAGGAGCAGCGGCGGCCGCGGCGGGGUCGGCGCCCCGCAGCCGGUCCUUGGGGGGAGCCGGCGCCUCCGGGGCGCGGGCGGCGCAGUCCGCCUUCAACAUCCCCCACAGCAGCGGCCCCUACGGCUCGCAGGACUCGGUGAGCAGCACCCCGGAGGAGGGCGGCCGCGAACGGCCCCCGGGCGGUGGCUCCUCCGGCGGGCCCCGGCUCGUCAUCGGCUCGCUGCCCGCACACCUCUCGCCGCACCUGUUCGGAGGAUUCAAGUGCCCUGUAUGUUCAAAAUUUGUAUCUUCUGACGAAAUGGAUUUACAUCUUGUGAUGUGUUUGACAAAACCAAGGAUAACCUACAAUGAGGAUGUGCUGAGUAAAGAUGCUGGGGAGUGUGCAAUAUGCCUGGAAGAGCUGCAGCAAGGAGAUACUAUAGCACGGCUGCCUUGCCUCUGCAUAUAUCAUAAAGGCUGCAUAGAUGAAUGGUUUGAAGUAAAUAGAUCUUGCCCUGAGCAUCCAUCAGAUUAAGACAAGAUUCAUGUUUUUAGCUGCUUCCACUGAUCAGAAAAUAUAGGAGAUGUGAGGUUCCCUUGCUGAACACAGCGUGCCUGCCUUGAGACUUACAGUUCUUUGUGGCUGAUAAAGGCAAAGAUGGACAGUGACAUGGAAAAAAGCGUUGCAGAUGCCGGUUAUGUGCCAGUAGUGCUCGGUAUACCAAACGCUCAUGCAAAGGACACACAGGGAUUUUGAAAAUGCUGCACAUUCUGUAACAAUCGACUCUCCACAGACAUUACUGACGCUAUUUUUUAUUGAAGGCCAAAGUUCCUUAUUUCAGCCUAACUUCUGGUUCUGUGAAGAAGCGGGUUAUUGGACAUGUUUCCUACUGCCUCAAGUGGAAGCGGAGACGUUCGAUACGUGCUAUCUGAGACCCUUGCAGGAGGAUGGCCCCAGUUUUGAAUGGGAACGUUCUCACCUUCUUGUCGGCUGAAGAAGAGUAAAUGGCAAACUAAAUGUGAUCUAAUAGUGUGACCUUAAUUUACUGAAUUCACACCCUGUUUUACGUUCUUCACUUUUUUUCAAGAACAGAAAACAAACUUCUCUGCGUAGGAAUACUAUAUUUCAAGAUUUUCUAACCAAACCUGUGUCACAAUGCAGUCCAAAGAGUAAAACCAAGACAGGUAACUAAUUUAUAUUGAUCAAGCUAUAGAGAUUGUUGAAAUCUGCACAUUGUAUUGCUAUUUAAGUAACUAAAACUUCUCUUUUACUGCUUGUGAGUCAAAACAACAACAACAAAAAAUGCAGCAAAGCAAAAUCUUACAGCUAUGCAACUUUUUUUUAAAUAUGAAAAAAGAAGAAGUACUGAUUUUAAGUGCUGCCAGUUAAAGAAAUUUGUUUAACGGGUAUUUUUUUAAAAAUGUUUCAGGUAAUUAUUUUAUUGUACUACUCUCAUCUCCAGGCUGCCUCCUGAGUGUAAAUGAAUAACUGCAUAUGUGGGCACAGCAAGAGGUUUUUGUAGGCAUGGGUGAGAUAACAUCGAGGUGGGAUUUGUGCUUAGUUUUUACAAGUUUUUGUUUUCUUGCUUGAAUGUUUUUUUGAUGGCAGGAUCUGUAGUACUUGCAUUUAAAUCCUUGGUCUCUUCAUGUAGAGACCAGCAUUUGACAGCAUGUCUUGGUUUUUUUUUCUUUUGUUUUAAAUGCAUCUGCAUUUGUUAAUUUAUUAUUAUUUUACUGUAUUAUAUUGGUAUAACCAGGGCUCCGCAAAGCACAGGAUGUCUCUGCGGGGGGUACACCAAGUAAAACUGUGGAUAAGUAUUAGUUCCCAUAAAGUAUCACAGUCCAUGGAAAAAAAAAGAAAGAUGAGGGAGGAGGGGGGAAAGACUAUAAACUGGAACAGAUAUCAGGGCUUAGAAAGCAUACUUUUUGUAUCAAGAAAUAAUCAGUAGCUUCUGAAUUCACAGCACAGGGAAGAGUUUAUGAAUAUUUAUUAGCAACAGCAUUUUUAGUGGGUUUCAAUAGUUAAACGAAAUUGCUCAACACUUCGAACAUUUGUCUUGUACAUACAUAAUUCUGCUUUUCUUUUUUUGUUUAAGUACGUAUUUCUCUCUGUUGCUACUGUGAUUCAUAUCAAAAAGGGUAAAGAAUAGGAGCAAUUGCUGCUAUCUGGAGAACAAGGGCAGUGCGUGUUAAACUCUCCUGUCUUGCUUGCAGAGCAGUUCUUGCCUGGAUAACAUUUUCUCCUGAAUGUUGCUCUGUAAAAUGCCUUUGUUAUGGUGCAAAUCUAAAGGAGUCCAAACUAGAUAAUUGUAAUUGCCAGUGCAGUUUCUACAUUUUUGGGCUUGUAUCACCAGUGUCAGCUGAACCUGUUACUUAUGGGGCCCUGUUGUAUUCUCUUAUUCAGUGGGAGCAGCAUCAUUUUGUCACAGUUUCAGUUCUGUAGUCACAUGAAAUGUACAGUCGUCCCCUGUACAAAUUCCUUUUUAGCCGAGAAUAUUUGUGUUGCCUUGUAUUAUCAUGGGGGAGAGGGGAGGGAAGGAGGGAGGGGAGGAACUACAGCACCUGUAAUACUCAAAUAGUGGCGUUGCCUGCAGGCCCACUUUUCCAAUGUUUUACUUUCAGAAGACAGCAGGAAUUUAAAGCUUUUCCAUUUGCAUUGAUAUAACGCUUACGGUUGGCUUCAUGCCUACAGAAACUCACCUGUAAUAAUGUAAAGGGGGUAGGUAAGUAUUUUGGUGUCCUGUGCUCCGAGGUCAUAGGUAGCCUUUGGCUUGGGGGUUAGGUAGGUAAAUGUUAUGAACAUAAAUCUGUUUACAACUUAAGCUCAGUUUUGGUAGUUCAUAUUUCUCAUUUAUUUACUGGGUUUGGUUUUUUUUUUCUUUCCCAAGAACCUUAAUUUCAUGUAUUCAGAUGCAAGUAGCUGAUUUAAAGACCCAGCAGUUAUCACUGCUGUCCUACAUUCAGGACCAAUGUUUGAAAAGCACUGUUAGCAACCAUGUUGACGUGUGGCUUUGUGGGCAAGAGUCAGUUUCUGCUUUCAUUGGCAUGGUAGAGCAGCAAUACCUUGGAUUAUUUGAGGAACUGAUACAAGGUCAGCCUUAGAUCCUAGUUUGGCAUUCUUGGUAUCCAUGAAUCUUUCCAGAAAGCUAUGGGAGGUUUUCUUGUAUCAAAACCUGUAAUAGAGACCAAGCCUAGAAUGACCCUGGAAGCAUCAGAGUGGUGCUUGAGUUUGAAAAUGCCUGUGAAAAUUCACCUAUGUAAGCUUUCUAUCACCAGUUGUGUUGGCCAAUUGGUGAAGAUGAUGCUGUAGAUGUAGUUCUAGUCAUAGGGAAAACCUUUGUUUUAAAAAUGUCCUCACAGUGGUCCUGAGUCACUGUGCUUCAGAAGGGGAAAAUAAACACCAAGCAAGUCCUGUUUCUCAAUCAAGGAAUACCACACUUGUCCACAAGAAGCAAUAACUUAAAUUACGGUGUGAUAUGCUUCUUUGCCUGUGAACAUCUUGAGAUUGCCAAUUCUGUCCUAUUUCAGAGUAUCUUCUCUCAUCUGGCCUAUAUCUUCCCUAAGUAUGUAAGGGUGUGAAAUAAUUUCCGUACUCAGGUCUGCCAUAAACAUGCUGCUUGCCAGAAGGGGAAGAGUAGACUCAACGCUGUCUUGAAAUGUGAGAUUUUUCUGAACUUGUAGCAUACCCAUGUAUCUUGAGUAGCAACUUGUGUUUGGAAGCUCAUAGUGGAGGUGGCUGUCAGUUGGACUGUACAUAACCCUCCUCCUCCAUAUGAUACCAAGAGAGCCAUGCUACUGUCAGCACAGGGCACCCAUUGGCCCAUCUCUAUAGUAACAGUAUCUCUAUAGUAACACUUUUCUUUUGAAGGAGGUAGCUAAUUUUCUUUCAACGUGUACAUUCAACGACGAGUUCAGUGGGAUGUAAAAGCAAAAACGCAAAGUGCACUGCAAACUUGUGGUAUUUUACUUUUGGGAAGAAUAAAGUGUAGAACAGAUGGUCUUAUUUGUAAUGAAUUUAAACUUCAUAUUCAAGGAUAAGUGUACUGUAGUAUUUUGAAAUGGAAAAUGUGUAGGUAAUGUACAAAGAUGUGGGUGGAUACUUGUGACCUUUUUCCCUCUGCUCCCCCUCUUUAUGAUGUGAAGGGGAUUUUAUGACUUACUCUUGAGAUUUAUACAUUUAUCCUAGUUCUUAACUCUAGGAGCACUGGCUUUUUAAUUAAGUCUUUGCUGAAAGGCUGGGGAGCUGGUAAAACCGACUCCCAGAAGACUAAAAUCUCAGCAAAUGUGGGGAAAAUAAUUUUUAAUCAGAAACGUGGAUCUUUGGUGUUUCAGAUUGGAUAACAUCUAGUACAUAAGAUGUGCUUAUGUAUGCUUUUAGUAUGUUGCCUUUUCCAUGUGAUGGCUUGAGAAACUUGCUCCAUUUCUUCUGUGUUCCACCAAAAGCAGGGUACGUGGUACUUGAAUGUCACUGCUCUCUGCACCUAAACAGCAACAAAGCAUAAGUUGGUUUUAAUGUAGGCAAUGAUCUCUCUGAGUUUUGAGUUUUUUAGCUGUUUUCCCAUAUUGAAAGAGAAUUUUUUUUUUUGUGCAAAUCUGGUAUUGCUGUUUCGUACCUCCUAAAUUUGCUGUACAGUUGGAAGUUUCCUACCAAGGAAAGACUUGGUUUCCUACGGAGAGACUACCGUGUACCUGGGAACGCAGAAGUGCUACUAUGGAUCUUGCAGCUCACCUUUGCCAGCAGAGUAUUAUCUAAUUUUUUGAUGAGUGCUGUAUUUUUAUGAUUCACUUUCCACCCUUCCAAGCUCAAAAGUCAUUUGAGUAUCAAUCUCUUCACCUCUUCCUAGCUGAAGAUAAGAUACAUUUUAGGCCAUAUCUCCUCAAUUUUUGAACAGGCUUUCCAUUGGCAUCCAUCAAAGUAAUAAGAGGUUGUAGCUGGAAGUGGAGGGCUCGUUAGGGGUUUUUCUACAGUCUAGCCAAAAGUGUGUUUUCCUGCAGCAGUGUCAUCAGCUCAUACCACUUCUUGUCAUUCAAAAUACUGUGUGAGAAAUUCACAAUAGAAUUGCAUCUAGUUUUUGUUUCCUGUGUUAAAACUUCUACGACGUUUCUGCCUGUAAAUCAACCUGCUUCGAAAAUCAGGUUGAAGAUGUUUUAGCCUGUUGAGGGGGGUGGAAAACAGUCCUUGCUCUCAAAAUGUCUCAAGUUGUAUUUAGUUAUCUCACCACACAGUUCAACUGUGUAGUUCCCACAGUAGCUUCCUAAGCCGCUGCAUCAUGUUUUGUAAAGCCAUUUCUCAAGUAAGUAAGAGCUGCUGAUGGUAUAAACUGUCAAAUGACCUCACUGUGCGGCAUUACAAGUUGCUGAACAUUUGCCCAUGUAAACCACUGUAGGAAUAUCCUGUACCUGGAAAAGGUUGGACUUGGUUUUGUCUUCAGACUAAUAAAUUGCCAGUGUACAAGAAGGAGAAGGCAGCAAGCCCACUAGCUGGUCUUUCUGGCAGGUUUUAAUCUACGUAUGUUUGUUUGAAAGACUUUUGCCCUUGGGUGUGCUUUGGCAAAGAUUUUGCAAUGAUAAGUAGGAUUUGCUUGAUUCUGGCAGAGUUUCAAGUGUAAGUAACCCGACGUUGCAAGAACAUAAUCUGUUGCUGAAUCCUGUUCCUCUUGUUUUCCCUCAAAUCUGUCUCUUUUAUUGCUAAUUUGUUAUAUUUAAUAGUAAACACUUCUCAACAUGACUGGUCACAAGCUCUCAAGGUGUGAAAUGCAAAAAGGUAGAGACAUCAAAGCGUGAUUCUGUGCUUUUCCUGUAUAUGUUAAGAUGAGGCUGAAGUGUUCAUUAUCAUACAGUCAAGAAUUCUCUCCUAGCUGAUAUUGCCAAAGCACUGUAACUUUCAAGGAAGAAGGGAAGUGGCUUAGUUGUAGAGCGGAUGUUCUAAUGGAAUACUUCAUUUUCAAAGCUGCAGCAUCACACAGGACAAGUGGUGAUCCAGCAGUAACCUUACCACUUGAUUGCGAAUCUCAUUCUGGCUCUUCCUACCCUUUGGCAGGUACCUGCUGGUAGGGAGCGGAGUGUAUAUUCCCUUUUUUUAUACAUCUCUUCCCACAGAGCUAACCCUGCCCACAAGUUAGAGGAAACUCCGUGCUAGCUUGUGAAAUGCCACCCGUACACGCAGUGGUAAUGGACAAGAUGUCUUCCUUCAUUACCCGGAGCAGAAAUCAGAAUGUAAUUUGCGAUGUCUAAUGUAAAACAUAUUUGUAUUUUUUUUUAACUGAGCAGUAUGAUUGCAAGUUGACUUCAGUUGUUCAAAGGUACUCUUUUCAGCGGUUUGCCAGUACAUAAUCAUGAAUGAAAAUAUUUUUUUAUUGAUUUUUAGGUUGUAUGUUUUAACAUUCCAUUCAUGUAAAAUAUGUACAAAUAUAUGUAAUAAAUCUUUUGA